CCACAUCCCAUCCCGCAGCAGCAGUUGAGCCGCAUCCCCUGCGUGCGCCGCCCGCGCUAGAGAGAACCACCAACCGCGCAGUCACAGCUCACGUUAAGCCACCCUAUAUAUCUCGCUCUCUGCGCCCCUCUUUACGCCACACUCGCUCAACCCACACCAGACACCAGCGCUAAUUAACCCGCACGUAAAUACUCCUACGUAGCACUCACAAACUCGCCGCGGCCACCUUCAUUUUGCAACUCCAGGCCGGCCAUGGAGUUGCUGCCGCUGCUGUCGUGGCUCCUCCUGGCCUUUGCGUCAUCCUACCUCGCACAUCUCGCGGUCUCCCGCCGCCGCCGCUCCCGCUGCUACCUCCUGGGCUACGCGUGCCACAAGCCCUCCGACGACCGCAAAGUCACGACCGAGAUGGCCGGCGCCGUCAUCGAGCGGAACAAGCGCCUCGGCCUUCCCGACUACCGCUUCCUCCUCAAGGUCAUCGUCAACUCCGGCAUCGGCGAGCACACCUACUCCCCCCGCAACGUGCUCGACGGGCGCGAGGAGUCCGCCACGCACCUCGACGCGCUGGACGAGAUGGACGCCUUCUUCGACGACGCCGUGGCCCGGGUCUUCGCCACGACCGGCGUCUCCCCGCGCCAAGUCGACCUCCUCGUCCUCAACGUGGGCUCCUUCUCCCCGGCCCCUUCCCUGGCGUCGCGGGUGGCGUCCAGGUUCGGCAUGCGGGACGACGUCAUGGCCUACAACCUCUCCGGCAUGGGCUGCAGCGCCGGGCUCGUGUCCGUGGACCUCGCCCGCCGCGUCAUGCUCACGCGGCCAGGGGCAACAAUGGCGCUCGUGGUCACCUCGGAAUCCUGCGCGCCCAACUGGUACAACGGGACGGACAAGUCCAUGAUGCUGGGGAACUGCCUCUUCCGCUGCGGCGGCGCGGCGGCCCUGCUCACCAACGACCCGGCGCUCCGGGGACGCGCCAAGAUGGAGCUGAAAUGCCUCGUGCGCGCCCACAUCGGCGCCCACGACGACGCGCACGCGGCCGCCGUGCACAGGGAGGACGCCGACGGGCGCCUCGGGGUCAGCCUCAGCAAGAACCUCCCGAAGGCCGCCGUCCGCGCCUUCACCGAGAACCUCCAGCGGCUGGCCCCGCGGAUCCUGCCAGCCUCGGAGCUCGCGCGGUUCACCUUCCGGCUCCUGGCACGGAAGCUCCUCCGCCAUGGCGGGCGCAAGGUGGUCAAGUUUGAAGGGCCCAAGAUCGACUUCAAGACUGGCGUCGACCACUUCUGCCUCCACCCGGGUGGCACGGCGGUGAUAGAUGCCGUGAGGAAGAACCUCGGGCUCAACGGCUACGAUGUCGAGCCGGCCACCAUGACGCUCCACCGCUGGGGGAACACGUCGGCCAGCAGCCUCUGGUACGUGCUCUCCUACAUGGAGGCCAAGAGGCGGCUCAAGGCAGGGGACAGGGUGCUCAUGGUGACAUUUGGGUCUGGGUUCAAGUGCAACAGCUGCUACUGGGAAGUGACCAAGGAUUUGGACGACGCCGGCGUCUGGGAAGACUGCAUCGACGACUACCCGCCGGCGACCAUGGUCAACCCUUACACCGAGAAGUUCGGAUGGGUCAACGACCUGCAGGGCCAGGGAGGCGCCGGCUUCCCGUUCUAGCUUGAUUCACUUUCAAGAAACUAAUUCAUUAUUAUACGAGAAUUAAAAACUCGUGAAAAAGUAUAUUUCUAAGGCAUUUGUGUGGUGUGUGUACACUCUUCAUUUCGUAUGGUGGGUUCUCUUAAUUUCCGUUUGCAUUUUUUGUUCAUCUUGUCGAUACGAAUUUAUACUUGUAAAUGUUUUAGGUUUCAUAAGCAUAUAGGAGUACUUACAUGUGUGCUGCUGUAAAUGAAACUGGAGCUACUGGAGCUUGAGUCCUCCUAGAGCGCCAUUCGUGCUCAAGCUUGAAUAUCUCGAUCGAUAAGGCUCGGGUCGAUGUAUAUUCAUGUAAGUUGUGAAAUUAAUCAUUCAAACUCGAGUCUGUUCGAGCUUUAUCGGGUUUUUUUAUGAGUGAACAUUGUUCAAGUCAA